CAGACACGGCGGCAGUCACUCGUUGCAACUAAAGCAGUAGACUAGAUAUAUUUAGUGAAGAACUCAAAAAAUCUGUACCACAUAGAAUACCGCCGACUGCAGAAAAUUUACCAUAGAAUAGAAUGUACAAUAUUUGUGGAAAAUAGCUUUCCGUAUUUUAACAUAUUCGUGUGUGAAGUGAUGUGUUUAAUCUAAAGUUGUGAUUUCUUGUUGUGCUUUGUGCUGUGAUAGCGCGGUAAUAAUUAAUGCGAGUAAAUGAAGUGUAUUUGUGUAGUAAAAUCGUAGGUAUAUGUAGAAAAAUAAAUAAAUAAGCAGCAAAGCAAUUAUCGAUUAUAACCAAAAAAUAUGAGAUCCAUGCAACGAUAUGUGUGCUUCAGUCAUGGCCGGUAGCAAGCUCUGCAACAACAAAAAUUCUGCUCAACUGGCGAUUUUAAAGUUAUAGACUGUGACUGAAGGCAAAUAUCAAAUCAGCGAAGCAACCAAAAAUUAAUCUAAAAAUUAAAAAUUAAAAAAAAAAUCGUCCAUUUUCUCUACACACGAUAUUAUGGAUUGGAGCUGGGCUAUUGCCGGUAUCAACGAUGAAAUACCACGUACAGCCGGUCCUGAAUGUAUUAACUACAUGACGAAUCGUCGCCGUUGGAUUGAAUCCACUAUUUUAAGCGCAAUCUUCAUUUAUCUAAUAUGCUGGGCCGCAAAACGCAUGGAUCCGAUUAUAAUGCCACCGCUCAAGGAUAUCAAUAAGCCACACUCCGCCAUAAGACUUACGCUAAUGUUAUUGAUGACCUUCAUAUUUGGCGUAGAAAUGGGUUUUAAAUUUGCCAAUAAAAAUAUGAUAUAUGUUUUGAAUCCAUGUCACAUCCAAACUUUGGUCCAGAUCUACCUUUUAGCAGCAAAGCCCAGUAAGACGACCAUCGCUUUAUUUCGCAUACAAAUGAAUAAUUUAAAUGGUCCCUUUUUGGCGUUUCUAUUCCCGGAAGUAGAAUGUCGUACAUUACAUUUUGAACAGGCAACUUAUUGGAUUCAGCAUGCCUUACUCUAUAUAAUACCGGCUUAUAUAUUAAGAAGUGGUGCGUAUCAAAUUGAGGGCUUAUAUGAUUACAAUUGGACUACUAUCGGGACUGCUACAAUGCUGCUAUAUCAUUUCGCUUUUUUGACCCCCAUAUCGAUGUUUACUGGCAUAAAUCUUAGCCAUAUGUUAUGCGCUGCGCUAUCAGAUCCAUUUCAAGGUCAAAAUUAUCGCAUCGCCGCUACGAUACAUGAAAUCUUUUUAUGUCCUAUAUUGAACAAAACAACUGUACUAAUAUUUAGCAAACCAACAGUUAUGUCUAAUGUCAAAAGACUAAGACCCAAAUUCGAAUUGCCCCUAAAUAAGAGCAUCACAAGCGACAGACGUCUCUCAACAGAUAAUCCGUUACUCACUACACGUGGGACCUAUACACCAGUGCACCUGUCAAAAUCAGUACCAACGACACCCACAUCCAUUGCACCAAUCACAAACAGUUCACCAAUUAGUGAAAUUUCAUUGGUUGCCGAAAUGGCGGCUGCUGUAGCUGCUGGCAGUGGACCUGUCACCAUGAUGCGGCGAAUGAAACGAAAUUCCAUAAAUUUAGUAACGUCGGAAAUUGUGGGUGUUGGUCAACAACGUAAUGAUGCAUACAAUAAUGCUGAUGAGUUGGUGAAUGGUGAAUAUACGUGCGCUACAACUGUCAGUGACGGUAAAUCUUCAAAGCCAGCCACAAAAAUUGACUAGUAUAUAACGUUGGAUUUUGUCAGACCUUGGUGGAUACCCAUAAAUUUCAUUUCAUGCUUGUAGUGCUGGUAUAGUGAUAUUGGAAAAGCAAUAUAUAAGUGCGAUUAAUUUGGCAGGUCAAUUGUAUUUGAGACUAAACGGCUAGAAAAUCAAGCGGUCAUGCUUUAAUGUACCUGAGUAAUCCAAAAGCGGAUAAUGUCAGUAAAUUCAGAGAGGAAAUUCAAAUUCAAAAUUAUGGUGGCAAUAAAUCUUAAUUUUUUUUUACAUAUAGCGGCUGUAAGUUAUAUAAAUAUAACGAAUGUGAGCGGUUGGAGGAAUGUAAAUACAUACA